CUGGUCACACACCAAAAAAAAAAGGCAAUAAUGAAUUUAUAAACUGAACCAGUUUAAAAAUGGAUGAAUUUCAAUAUCCACUAGAUCCCAAUAAAUUCUAUCCAAUAUCCCCCAUUCCAAUAAUACCGAACCCUACAUCAAUAAUACCCACAACACCCUCGUCUACGGGUUCCGUACCAAUAUUAGAAACAUCACACAUAUUUUGGAUGAUAAUCGACUCAACGCUUAUGUUAAUCAUAUUAAGUGGAAACAUUUUAACAAUUUGCGCUGUACACUUCAAUCGUAAAUUAUCGAGAACGAUUGCCAAUCAAUUUAUAUUAAAUUUAGCGAUUAGCGAUUGUUUCGUUGGAUUAACACUCCCCUAUCAUUUAAUAUUUUACUUAGAUAACAACACGUUUGGACAACAUAAAUCGACAUGUUUAUUACGAUUUGUAUUAAUCACGAUGGCUUGUAGUGCUUCAAUUUAUAAUUUAAUCGCAAUCGCGUUAGAUCGAUACAUAGCGAUUGUUUAUCCAUUGCAUUAUAAUCGAUACAUGACAAAGAAAGUUUCAGUUUUGAUUAUAAUUUGUGGAUGGGUUUUAUCAACAGCAGUUUCAACGUUACCCGUGUAUUGGAAUCGUUGGGACAUCGCUGAAGAAGUCAAACAUACACUAAACCAAGAGAUUGAAUGUGAAUUACAUAUAAUUAUUCCCAAGUAUUAUGUAACAUUUGUAAUGGUGCCAUAUUUUGCAAUUGUAUGGGCUACGUUGUUUAUUUUGUAUGUUCGAAUUUGGCGUGAAGCUGUACAUCACGCGAAACGAUUACGAUCCACUACCAAUUAUUAUCAGAAUGGAUUUCAUAAACGUGAUUGGAAAUCUAUACAGGUAGUACUUUUGGUACUUGGCUGUUUUUCAAUAUGUUGGUUACCGUAUUUAAUUGUGGCAUGUUUCGAAGUAACUGACAAUGCAGAUACAAUAUCAGAUACAACAAUCACAUACAAAACUGUGUUUUCAUUGGCCAUGAUCAAUUCUGGAAUGAAUCCAAUUAUAUACGCAUGGAAGAAUACAGGAUUUCGUACAGCAUUCAAACGUUUAUUAACAUGUCAAAGUCCAGACUGUACCGAUUACAAUCCAAGUUAUCGUAAUCAAUAUGUACACAACAAUAAUUCAUCAACAAUCAAUAAUCAAUCUCAAAAAAUUACUACAAUUCAUACAAGUGAUCCGAAUUUAACACCAAACAUGUUGUCAACUACAGUUAAUCAGUUACCAGUGGUGACAACCUGUACUACUUUGAAUGAGGUGAUCAGUGAUGAUGUAAUAAGUGAUAAAAUAAAUUGUGAUAUUGUGACUGUGAAUGAAACACAAAAUGGUUCCAAACCGACCCAAAAUACUGAACUUGUUUUAUAUUCAAACGGUUUAAAACAUAAUAAUAGUACGUUUACGAUAAUUACAAAUACAGAGAGUGAUUUAGAAGAAACUGUUACGUAAUUUUUUUUUUUUUUAAUUGAGAAAAACUUCUACCUGAACGAUGAAAAGUGUGCAAAACUUCACGGAAUUCAAAGAAAGUGAGUCAUAUGCUCGCAAAAAGUAAAAUAAUUUCGAGAGUAAAAAAAAGGCCGCCAUUUUUAGUCGAAACGAAGAAAAUGGAGGGAAAAAUUUUAAAGCAAUGUUUGCUUGAAAAGCAACAUUUCAAAUAAUAUAAACAUUUAUUACACGUUAAUUGUUUAAAUAC